AUGUCCCAAUCACAGAUUGAGGUCCUGCAGAAUGAGGUCAAUCGCUUGCGUGCCCUGGUUGGAGAUCAUGAACAAAAGGACAUCAUGGGUUCUGCAGCUUCCAAAAUUCAGUCCAAGUGGCGGCGAGUGCUGACGCAUCAGCGCUUGCAACGGAAGCGCUUAGAGCAAGACCGAAGGAACAAACUUGAGCGGCUGGUGACUGCAAUCUCUUCCCUUCAACAACUCUGGCGCUUGCGUCAGAAGCGACGAGAACGUCGAUGGCAGCUAGACCAUGACAAGGCAGUCGAGACCACACCCUAUGAUGCGGUCUUGGCGUUCGAUUCUCUUGCAGAGUUUCUGUCGAGUGGCGAGAUCAAAUUCUUGCAGAAAGCCCGGUCACAGCUUGAGGUUGCCAAGGAACGCAGGUAUCGAAUCGUUGCCGUGGUUGGGCUGUUCGACAAGGGCAAGACUUGGCUGACCAACAAGUUGUUCGGGGUGAAUCUGCCUUCAGGAAAGCUUUGCACCACCAAAGGGUUAAGUUUUCUUUGGAUCAAAGAGAGACGCAUGCUGGUGCUGGAUUCUGCUGGAGUUCAGUCCACAGUAUCCUACCGAGCGCAAGCCGUGGAUGCAAUUCACGAUGCCCAGACAUCGGAAUCCCUGAUGUUUGAAAUGAUCUCCCGUGUUGCCCAUCAUAUGGUGUUUGUUGUGAAUGAUCUCACCUGGUUUGAGCAGAAGUACGUGGCCAUGCUUCACCAAAAGUACAUUCAAUGCAAGCAGCACAAGGAGCUGAUUGUGGUGCACAACUUGCGGACUACCACAGAUGUGCAGGAAGCCAAGCAGCUCUUCCGAAGGCAGGUGACGCAGUGCUACGACGGAGAACCGUCGCAUUUGGGGCAGCUGAUCUUUACAGCCGAUUCUGGAGAAGGAGCUCCUCCAGUGCAUCAUGUGGGGGUUUGUUAUGAAUUCUCUGCAGCGGGCGAUGAGUUCAAUGCCAGGAAUCGGGACUACCUGCUUCAGAGUUUGGAACACGGCAACAAACUUGGCUCCAACAUCGUUCUUGCUGACUUGCUUUGUGCUGAGCUAUCACGGCUUUUGCCCAAGUUUGUCAACGUUGAAACCGCUGAGCCGGAAACGUCGGUCAGCCCUGGACCCAUGCCGCUUGUGAAGUUUGUGCCACAAAAGACAGACGCAGACGCACGAAGCGAUGCUUAUGCUACAUUGGGCAAGAUUUGCGUACAUCUCCCACAGGAAAAGGCACGCCUUUCCACCAAGACGCGUGGUGUCAUCUCACCGUUGGGAGAGAUCAUCGCCCAUGAUGUGAGCUUUGAUCCCAUUGUGAAUGUCUUUGACAGAGCCAUCAACACGGGUGUCAAGCGCUUCAUCCGCGUUGAAUGUCCUGGUGUUGUGGAGGAUGAUGUUGAGUGGGAAGAGCUGCCAAAUGGAGUGAAGAUCAGCAUCAACAAAAAGCCACCCAUUGAAGAGCACUCUGUUCAGCCAGUUCAGCCUAUCAGGCAGCACCAUGGAGUAUGGGAGCGAGAAUUCCUCUUCGACCAUUCCGAUGGUCGCUUUGAUCUGUGUGAGGACGAGGCGGAUCUUGAAAAUGGUGUCCUCACCGUUGUGCUCAAGAAAGCUUUCCAGCCCCGCAAGGGUCGGCUUCAAGGAAAAGCGCGGGCUCGAUCAUUCCACAGCACAGAAGGUCAGCCCACGCCUGCCCCGCUGUCCGACUGCGCCUCCUUUGACGUGGUGCUGGAGACAGCUGCUGUGAAGAUGAACAAACGUGAGCGGCUUGUGACUGCAAUCUCUUCCCUUCAACAACUCUGGCGCUUGCGUCAGAAGCGACGAGAACGUCGAUGGCAGCUAGACCAUGACAAGGCAGUCGAGACCACACCCUAUGAUGCGGUUUUGGCGUUCGAUUCUCUUGCAGAGUUUCUGUCGAGCGGCGAGAUCAAGUUCUUGCAGAAAGCCCAGUCGCAGCUUGAGGUCGCCAAGGAAAGCAGGUAUCGAAUCGUUGCCGUGGUUGGGCUGUUCGACAAGGGCAAGACUUGGCUGACCAACAAGUUGUUUGGGGUGAAUCUGCCUUCAGGAAAGCUUUGCACCACCAAAGGGUUAAGCUUUCUUUGGAUCAAAGAGAGACGCAUGCUGGUGCUGGAUUCUGCUGGAGUUCAGUCCACAGUAUCCUACCGAGCGCAAGCCGUGGAUGCAAUUCACGAUGCCCAGACAUCGGAAUCCCUGAUGUUUGAAAUGAUCUCCCGUGUUGCCCAUCAUAUGGUGUUUGUUGUGAAUGAUCUCACCUGGUUUGAGCAGAAGUACGUGGCCAUGCUUCACCAAAAGUACAUUCAAUGCAAGCAGCACAAGGAGCUGAUUGUGGUGCACAACUUGCGGACUACCACAGAUGUGCAGGAAGCCAAGCAGCUCUUCCGAAGGCAGGUGACGCAGUGCUACGACGGAGAACCGUCGCAUUUGGGGCAGCUGAUCUUUACAGCCGAUUCUGGAGAAGGAGCUCCUCCAGUGCAUCAUGUGGGGGUUUGUUAUGAAUUCUCUGCAGCGGGCGAUGAGUUCAAUGCCAGGAAUCGGGACUACCUGCUUCAGAGUUUGGAACACGGCAACAAACUUGGCUCCAACAUCGUUCUUGCUGACUUGCUUUGUGCUGAGCUAUCACGGCUUUUGCCCAAGUUUGUCAACGUUGAAACCACUGAGCCGGAAACAUCGGUCAGCCCUGGGCCCAUGCCGCUUGUGAAGUUUGUGCCACAACAGACAGACGCAGACGCGCGAAGCGAUGCUUAUGCUACAUUGGGCAAGAUUUGCGUACAUCUCCCACAGGAAAAGGCACGCCUUUCCACCAAGACGCGUGGUGUCAUCUCACCGUUGGGAGAGAUCAUCGCCCAUGAUGUGAGCUUUGAUCCCAUUGUGAAUGUCUUUGACAGAGCCAUCAACACGGGUGUCAAGCGCUUCAUCCGCGUUGAAUGUCCUGGUGUUGUGGAGGAUGAUGUUGAGUGGGAAGAGCUGCCAAAUGGAGUGAAGAUCAGCAUCAACAAAAAGCCACCCAUUGAAGAGCACUCUGUUCAGCCAGUUCAGCCUAUCAGGCAGCACCAUGGAGUAUGGGAGCGAGAGUUCCUCUUCGACCAUUCCGAUGGUCGCUUUGAGCUGUGUGAGGACGAGGCGGAUCUUGAAAAUGGCGUCCUCACCGUUGUGCUCAAGAAAUCUUUCCAGCCCCGCAAGGGUCGGCUUCAAGGAAAAGCGCGGACUCGAUCAUUCCACAGCACAGAAGGUCGGCCCACGCCUGCCCCGCUGUCCGACUGCGCCUCCUUUGACGUGGUGCUGGAGACAGCUGCUGUGAAGAUGCAGCACCAUGGAGUGUGGGAGCAAGAAUUCCUCUUCGACCAUUCCGAUGGUCGCUUUGAGCUGUGCGAGGAUGAGGGGGAUCUUGAGAAUGGCGUCCUCACCGUUGUGCUCAAGCGUCCCACCUGCCCCCCGCCAUCUGAGUGCGCAUCCUUUGAUGUGGUGCUGGACCAGCUGGACGCUGUGAAGCCAUCGAGCGCAAUCAAGCCUUUCGACAGCAACGAGAAAAGGCGAGAGCAAGGCUUCAGUGUUUGCUUCUCCGGAGCGAAUUCUGGCAAAGGCAGUGGCCUUCCAGCUAGGAGCCGGUCGUCCAAAGGCCGCUCUCGCGGCAGUGGCGCGUGGCGCCAGUGGGAGGAGGCCACGGUGGAGAUCAAAGGGAUUGGCGGGGAGGUCUUUGCCAUCCGGCCGACCGGCGAGAGGAUACCGUCCAAGGCGCCAGCUCUUGACUUUGGAGGAGCCUCAUUGCCUUCUUGGGCAGCAACUCAGAAGGUGCUGGAGAACGCGAAGGGCUUGAAGGAUCACGAGGACAUCCCAGAAGAGCUGCCAGACGAAGCCUUGAGUGAUUGCACCCUUGCGCUCGGCUCCACUCGUGAGGACUUGGCUGCUUUGCAUCUGCCAGAGCUUGGCGCAGAGGCCGGCGAGGGCAACCCAGGCCAAGACGGCGAAGGUGAGUCUGAGGAGGUGGCAGUCCCAGCAGACUUUGCAGAUAGAGUAGCUCGACUUCCGAAUUACUGGCGCCGUGCGCUUGUGGAGCUGCUGGAGGAAGCCGAGGCGAUGCAGGCCAUGCAGAGUGGGGCUGAGGAGCUCCAGGAGGCAGAAGCGGAGGCAGAAGCGGGGCCUCUGACCGAUGGAGACCCGGGCCCCGACGCGGAAGUAAGGCAAGCAGUGCUUGAGAACACGACAGGGGAAGCUUCGUUUUGUCAAGCUUCGGAUCCAGAUCCGUCGGAGUCAAAGACGGACCAGCCAGCCGAUUUAGAUGAAAGACCGUCAGCAGAUGUGGAUGGGACAUCACAAAGUGAACCAAGUCAGCCAGUUCUGCUUGACACAGGCCAGGAGAGAUUGCCUGAGAGGCUUCUGAUUGCAAAGCCCACAGUUGGGAAGCCUCAAGAUGAAAGUCCCACUGAGAAGGUUUCGGAGCGGCUUCCAGUGGAGAGGCCUCCAGACAAGGACGCGCUUGGGGCGCCUCCGGCUGACAAUCUUUUGGCUGCGACGCUCCCGGAUGUAGUGCUGCCUGGGGAAGAGGGCAAGGACCUCCCGAUCGCUGCAGGUGGCGGAGCUUCAGCUGUCAGAGCUGUGCGAGCUGCUAGCGAAAGGGACCUGCAGGCCUGA